GGGCGGGUUAUUACUAACAGAGUCUGUCUGUUUGGAGCUAGCGUAAUCAGAGGGACAGACCCCAAGUGUUGUUUUGAAUUUGCUCGAAAACACCGACUGCGGAAGGGGGUUAGUGACUGUUAAGAAGAAUAUGGCGGAUGUUGAAGGCGAAGAAACUCGGCCGGGUCUCCCCACGGCAUCCCGCGACGAUCCGGUCGUCGGUUCAUCAUCGGCGAGCACCGCGGGCCAGAACGCAGCAACGGUAGCGUCAGGUCCGCGGGUAGUUAGGAUCGUCAAGUCCGAGUCUGGCUACGGCUUCAAUGUUCGUGGCCAAGUCAGCGAAGGGGGACAGCUUCGGAGCAUCAACGGCGAACUGUACGCUCCUCUCCAGCACGUCAGCGCUGUUUUACCCGGAGGUGCCGCAGACCGAGCAGGGAUAGCGAAGGGUGACAGGAUCCUGGAGGUUAAUGGGGUAAACGUGGAAGGUGCAACUCAUAAGCAGGUUGUAGACCUGAUCCGUGCAGCAGAGAAGGAGCUGGUUCUGGCCGUGUUGUCUGUUCCGCCUCAAGAAGCCGAUGGUUUAGAAGGAGGAGAGGAUGUCCAACCCAACUACGACUACAGCGACAAGCAGGCGGUGCCCAUUUCUAUUCCCACAUACAAGCAUGUCGAGCAGCACUCGGAGAGGUUUGUGGUGUACAAUGUGUACAUGUCAGGUAGACAGCUGUGUUCCAAACGCUACCGUGAGUUUGCCAUCCUGCACCAAAACCUGAAGAGAGAAUUUUCGAACUUCAACUUCCCAAAGCUUCCCGGCAAAUGGCCCUUCUCGCUCUCCGAGCAGCAGCUGGACGCUCGUCGUAGAGGCCUGGAGGAAUAUCUGGAGAGAGUGUGUUCGGUGCGGAUUAUAGGAGAGAGUGACAUCAUGCAGGAGUUUCUCUCUGAAUCAGAUGAGAACUACAACGGCGUGACAGAUGUGGAACUACGGAUAGCCCUCCCAGAAAAGACCACCAUCUCUGUCAGGGUCCGUAAAAACAGCACCACAGACCAGGUGUACCAGGCGUUGGUGGUUAAGGUUGGAAUGGACAGUAUUAUGGCAAGCUACUUUGCUCUUUUUGAAGUCAUCAACCAUUCAUUUGUGAGGAAGCUUGCACCAAAUGAGUUCCCCCACAAGCUUUAUGUGCAAAACUACACAUCAGCUGUUCCAGGAACUUGUUUAGCUCUCCGCAAAUGGUUGUUUAGCGUCCAGGAGGAGGAGUUGCUCAGAGAUAACCCGCUGGCACUGCACUACUGUUUCCACCAGGCACUGGAUGAUGUGAAGAAGGGAUUCAUAAAAACAGAGGACAAAUCCUACCAGCUGCAGAAACUGGCGGAGCAGCACAAGAUGGCCACGUACCUAAGCCUGUUGCGGACAUGUGAGGGCUACAAUGAGGUGGUCUUCCCUCACUGCUCCUGCGACUCCAGGAGAAAGGGCCACGUCAUCACAGCCAUCAGCAUCCAUCACUUCAAGCUGCUCGCAUGCACUGAGGACGGCACCGUGGAGAACCAGGUAAUAACCUUCGAGUGGGCGGAGAUGCAGCGCUGGGACACUGAUGAGGAGGGGAUGGCUUUCUGCUUCGAGUACGCCAGAGGAGAGAAGAAACCUCGCUGGGUUAAGAUUUUCACUCCAUAUUUCAACUACAUGCACGAGUGCUUUGAGCGCGUUUUCUGUGAACUGAAGUGGAGGAAACAGGUUGAGGAAGAGGCCUCUGAUAAAGACAACAAAAACUGCAGCAACAAUGAGUACCUGCCUCCUCUGGAGACGCAACAGAAGGGAUGGCGCCACCUAGGGGGGGAAAUCGCAACUUCUUAAAAUGCACCGGCUAUCACUCGAACCAGAACUGAUCCACUCGCAUCAUCACAGCCACCCUGGGAGAGCGCCUGUCGAUGUAAACAACGGAACCGAGAGGCCGAGGCGACCAAUUUGGGAAACUGGGAAAGUCACACUUUUAACAAAUCCAGGGACGAACGGCGCGAAAAGAGGAAAAAUCUACAUAAACCAGCUUUCCAUGUAAUUUACUAGAUCUUCAUAGUGUCUGUUGUUUUCCUCCAUGCAUCGGCCCUGCGAUGUUGGGCUCAACACUGGCCACACCAGUGGAUGAGACGUGUCAGUUCAGUGGCUGGCUGGUCAGGUUUGACAGCACAGUGGGAAGCAUUGUUGCAAAGCAGACCACCUCAAAGAAAUCCGAUGAAAGAGCCGACUUCUGGGACGGAGAUUUGACAGUCAGCUUUUCUGACAGACCCAUUCAGCCCAAAUCCUGCAGCUUGAGCCCUGAAUGGUGAACUGAGCUGGGAUAAAAAGAGAAGAAAACCUGAGAAGUUUGCAUCAGUGAAGAGGGUUUCUGCUUCUUUCACAGUCAAAUGAUAAAUACAAAAAAAUCACGCUUUACACUGAUGCUGGACAUUAACAAAAAAAUAUAUUUUCUACUUCUGCGGUCCUUAGCGUCCUGUCUUUGUCAGAGAAUAUAAGCAGCACAAAUGUCACAAAGGAAGUGGAUGUGUUCAUAAUUAUUUGUAUGUUUAUUCAUCAUGCUUCUGAUAAAAUAUAGAUUAAUAUAAGAGCAGUAUAAAUUGUUUUCUUGAUCUAACUGAAUUGCAUUCAGGAUGUAUUAACCUCCCUUUUCCCACCUUGUCCCCGGUUUAACACACACCGAAGAGUGACGUCUGUUGGCAGGCAGCCAUUAAUCUCAGUGUAUGGAUAUUUUAUCCCCAUUGCAAGUGUUUUAUAGCGGCUAUUUAACCAAGCUUUGUAGCCGAGAGGAGGUGUCUCUGUCAUUCUUAGCGCUGCAGGAAUAAUCUCCAACAAAAAAAGGUUGAUGGGCUAAAGCGUUAAUGUUAUUGAAAUGUCACAUCUUACACAACAGGGACUCUUGCAGACAGAUUGUGAAUAUAAACAAGAUUUAUGAUCGAAUGCGAUGCGGUGUUUUUGAGCAGGCAGCAGGUGGCAGUAGAGCAUAAGGCCGAAUAAGUUUGAUCCCUUCGGGUCUAUGUCGCCCAAAAGUAUCGCUCCUCUGCAGUUUAUCCAUGAAGUAAAUCGGGAGGGAGGAUGACGUCUCGUGCAGAAAGUAGAGCGUGAAGUUGUUUAACUGCUGCCAUAACCAUCAGUUUAAUGUCUGCCUCCUACGCAUACAGUAUUAAGUCGUGUGCAUUUGCACAUAACGUGAUUAAAUUAACCAAUUUGUGAAUUUCUGUUAUACAGAUGCUAGGUUUAUUUAUGUUUGGGUUUUUUUCAUUCUGUAGAUGUUUACCGCCUUUAUCUCAGCAGAACUGUAAAAGUCAGGCGUACACGAUGACGGGAAAAAAACUGAGUUUGCUUCAGUGCUGUAAGUUUUUUUGUUUAUCCAAUUAAGGGCGAGAAUUAAUCUCUACUAAUUCGUUACCGACUCGUUUCUGUGCUUCACUCACAAUUUGGACCAAAAGCCUGAAAUUCAGAUUGUUUUUCUCUCCACAAUAAAUUGUAGAGCACAAGUUUGACUUCUGCACAUUUUUCUUUUUGUUUUACUUUCAGGUUUUGCAUGUCUGCGUUUGGUAAUCCCGUGCUUUCAGUCGGUUACCUCGGAGCGUGCUCGUGUGUGUCGCCUCAGUGUGUCCUCUGUGUUUAUCAUUGACAUUGCUGAUAAGCUUUUAGGCUCUGAUUGGACGUGUCUGAUGAGCUGUCUGUGUGGGAGCCAGCAAAUGAAGAUGGGAUUGUGUAUUUGUAAGACAGCGGGGAUGGUGGAUGGAUUUAGACAAAUGAGAAGUGUGUAUUUGUUUUAGCAGAACCUACACAAAUAUCCCCAUCUGCUACACUAACUGAACUGUGUGUGGCCCCUCAAGAUAUUUGACUCCGUUGUAGAAAUGCAUACCUCCUUGUAGCAUUUGAUUAAUUAACUGUAAUGCAAAUUGCUGGAUGGUCAUUUUGACUGGCAAAGUAGAAACCAGUUUAGAGAUGGAUUAGACGUUUGACACUGUAUUUAUUAUUUUAUGAUUCAGUUUUUCAGUGAAACAGAGAAAAGGCAGUGUGAGGCUUGUGGUUGUGUGUGCAGCCUUGUUUGUCCUCUGCGCUCACUCUCUCCAGGUUGGUCUCCCAUCAUC